CGUAGUCUCAAGCGGCAAGCUACGGCGAACAGUCUCAGUUCGAAAGUAGACGCACGGUUGUGUGGACGCCAUCGUGUUGUACAAACGCGCACGCGCGCUCUCGAAGUACGGUGGAAUUCUAAAUUCAAAUUUGACAUAUCGAAGUUUUUAACUUCUUUUAUAUCUUAACAAAAGUGGCCAGUGUUGUGAUUUCUAUUUGACUAAUUGGAUUUAAAUCGGCGUGUAUUGCUGACUCCCGAAUUGGAUACCGAUUAAUAUAUCGAUUCAUCGAUAUUGGAUUGUUUAUUGUAUCGAGUAAGAAAUAAUGUUUGGACACUGAGCUAGAAAUGGACGCGCUCACGUGGUUAUCGCUCGGCUUACAAUUCGCGGCGCUAUGCUCCAUUGUGGGGGCAUUGCUGCUGUACCUGCUGAGGAAGGUCAGGGUAGCUGAGGUGCUGCCAGUUGACAGCGCUAAAACAGUGCUUGUAACAUCCGUUGACACAGCACUGGGAUUACAAAUCGCAACAUAUCUAAGUAGUCGCGGUUGGCGAGUGAUCGCUGGCUGCAGGGCAGGUGGUCUAGGAGCCCGCCUGGCUGACUCUUGGCUACAAGCUCAUAUUGCUACCACGCCCGAAGACCAGCCGAAGCCGAGGCUGGUCACCCUGGAGCUGGACGUGGCCAGAGAGGAUCUGUUGGAAGAAGCCGCUAGAGCUACUGCCCAGCAUUUACCCGCUGGAGAACAUGGUAUCUGGGCGGUGAUCAACACGGCAGGCAGUAGCGGUCGCGGCGGAGCUACAUGUUGGGAGGCGGCGCUGCGGGGCAAUGUACUGGGAGCUCUGCGGGUCGCGAGGACCUUCUCUCCCUUAUUGGCUGCAGCUGCGGCUGACCAUCCGCAUGCUGGCAGGCUGUUUUAUAUUGGAUUGACUUCAGACACAGCUUGCGAGAGCCUGUCGCGCCUCGAAGCAGGAGAUACGGGUGAGAACAGCGCCGGUGCAGCGGCUGCGCGCUGGGGAGUGUGGGGGGCUGCGCGGGCGCUCCGAGCCGGCCUGCGCGCGCGCAGGUUACACGUCAUCCUGCUACACGCACCCGACCUAGCCGCGCAGGAGAUUUACUCGCCACCCUCACUGCUACAGCCACCUAGCCAGCCCGCUAGUCGUCCCGAAACCCCAAGCUCUGAAGUAAGCGCCGGCACCGCCAGCUGUGCAGUGACAAUGCCGGGAGAAGCGGCAGAGUACAGCGCCAAGAUCCUACCGACCAGUGCUCUGAAAAUUCUCGAAGACGCUCUUACUGUGCCUUCGCCAAGAGACGCCUACUACCUGAAGGUGAAACAAGACUCCUGGUUCACCAGGAUGCCGUCGCUAAGAGUCGCACACUGAAGGGAACCUACACUCCCCAGUUUUUUCACUGCCAAACAAAUAGCAUGUCACAAUCAAGUUAUAUUCCAAUAUUAUCCGCACAGAAUGUAUGAACGUUUGCUUAACUGGAGAGAAUGAAUUCGAUGAAUCAAAAUAUUUUAUAUGUAAAGUAAAUAACUUUUUAAUACAUUAGUUAAGCUUACGUCGUUUUGUUAUGGAUUUAAUCAAUUGUUAUUGAUGUUGCAUGAAUAUUUCUUGUUUGAAUUUCACACACAACCACCAAUAUUGAGGUGAAGGGUCCAAAACUUUUUCACAUCAAAAAACUAACGUCUAAUCAUUUAAUUUUUAUUUGUAUGCUUUAAUCGAGUCAGUUUUUAAUUUUAUGUUUUAUUAAGUUUGCCAUUCGGGCUAAUUUUGCAAUUUAUACUCAUUUAUUCGUACCUAAGUGUAUUAUGUAAUCAUACUUUGUAAGUUUAAGCGACCCGUUCUUCCCAAAAAUAUCGAAGACACGGAAGGACGGAGGUGGAGCGCUUUGCAGUGCUAUUAUUUAAAACGAUAUUUCUAAGAGCAAUAUUCCGUGCUGUAAGUACCUGGAAUAGUGCCUAUUCUUCAACGGUGACUGAAAAUCUUUGCUUAGCAGCGCAUUCUUAUUUCAUAAAGAUUGUUUUAUUUGUGGGAAUUGUACAUAAGUAUUUUCAAGCUCACAUGGUGCCAAGAAACUUAGUGUUUCAAUAUUAUGAAAACUGUAUAUUAUACACUAUAGCGUCUUAGAUCCAGUGAAGCCAUUUUAACAAGGUUUCAUAACAUUUUCUAUAGUGUUUAUACGAUUUUCUGAGUUGUUUGUUUUUAUAUCGCCACUUAUUGUGUGUUAAAACGAUAUGAAUCAUAAUCAUGUAAAUAAUGUUUGUGUUGUAUAAUAAACAUUUUGUCUAUAA